AUGAUAUCUAUACGUAAUCAGCUUCCUGAUAUUAGCAAGAUGAUUGUUGGUGAUUUCGAUAAUGACAACCAUCUUGAUCUUGCUGUUCAAUCAAAAUGGUUUGGAACUAUACACAUUCUACUAGCAUAUGGCGACGGGACCUUUCGAAUGCAUUUCAAUAAACGAUUUUGUACCUUAAACUCAUUAGAUUUCGCUUUAAUUCACGUAGACAAUGACACGUAUUUAGAUAUGGUUGUUGUAUGUUCAGCUGUCAAUGAUAUUGGAGUGUAUUUUGGAAAUGGUAGAGGAGAGUAUUUUAUACAUCCUCUAACACUUUUUGCUAAUGAUAAUAGUUAUCCACUGAGAAUUGCUGUCGCUGAUUUCAACUGUGAUAAUUUUAAAGAUAUUGCUGUCUUAAAUCAUUAUGGUCAAAAUAUUGGUAUAUUUAUAAAUGAUGGUGCUAAGAACUUUAAAGCACAAAUAACGUCUUUUACUCGUAAAGAGAAGUUUCCAUCUUAUUUUGCAAUAGGUGAUUUCAAUAAUGAUACUCUACCAGAUGUUGCUGUCUCCUAUAAUUGUAGUAAUUUCAUUGACGUGAUAUUCGGAUUUGGAAAUGGAAGCCUAGGUAAUAGUACAAUAUUUCAAAUCGGAGAAGAACCAGUAGUUGAUCAGAUUAUUGUUGAUGAUUUCAAUGGCGAUCGUUAUUUAGACAUUGGUUUUGGUAAGACUGGUCAAACAAUAAAUUUAUUAAUUGGGGAUGGCCGUGGAGAUUUCACAUUACAGACAGCAUUCCCGAUUAGGUUUAGUGGUGCAUUUGCAUGGACCGGUGUUGGUGAUUUCAAUGGUGAUGGUUUUGUCGAUAUUAUCAAUGUAGAUCUAAAUUCAACAUCACAAGAUGUAUUUUUAAAUGUAUGUAAAUAA